AUGGAGACCCGGUCGUCUCCGUCCAUGGCCGAGCUCCGUGCGCUUGCUCACGACCGCGGACUCAAGUACUACCUGCAUCUGUCCAAGCCCGAGCUCUUUUCGCUCUUGCAGCGCAAAGAAGGCGGCGGUCGUGGCGAUCAUGCCAAUGUCAUUUUGAAAGCCAGUCAGUCCAUCGAAACCGCCACGGGGGACGUGGCUCCGAUCACAGCGAGGGCGGUAGCCACCAGCCCAACGCGGUCAAGUGAACGGCUGUCGUCGCUCAAGAAGAAGCGCUCGACGGACGUGGACGCAGAAGGAGCUGGACAGGAGAAGAAGGUCAAGACUGCAGCUGUUGUGAAUACACUGGAUCCCAUUAUGCUUACGGAGCUGGGUCCACACACGGUGGAGAUUACGCGGACAAAUGGGUCGGUCGUUGUGUACAAUGUCGAGUCACUGGUGCAGUACAUUUUAGCCACCGGGGACUUUUCCGAGCCGGAGACGCGGGUCCCGUUUUCUGAUGAGGACUUGCGUCGCAUUGAUGUGGAGGCGAGCAAGGCAAAGAUCGAGGAGAAGAGUGUCGUGGCUGCUAAGCAACACCGGCACAAGUUUGAAGAACAAAAGGUCAAGCGAGAUGGUGUGCUGGGACUCGAGCGGUGUGCGUCCGAGUACGUGAACAAGAUGCUGGAAAUCGUAGAAAGCGAUGACCCCGAGGAGGGCGAGAUGCUGCUGAUCAUGAGCGUGUUUCCGUCGUUCUCGGACACGUUUGAUCAAAUCCGGAAAAAUGACUUGGAGUACGCCAAGCACAGUAUGGGCCACUUUAUCCAGUACCUGAAGGGUCCCAAGAACCGUCCAACGGUCGAUCGUAGCGGCCUUUUGCCGGUUAUAUUGGGCUUCUUCGACGAAGUUGAUAAGGGCAAGCAAGAUGCGAGUGCUUUUGGUUUUUGA